AUGGCGCUGUAUGUGCUUUCAAAAUCCAAAUCGGCCACCAUUGUUGGAAGUGAUCCUUGUGCAUAGAUUCAUAUAAUUUGCAUUUUUUCCAAUAGUUUCUAGCAAGAUUUAAGAUAUUUAUUGGUAAGAUAUAGUGGUAAACAUCUUACGAAUGUUAAUCAAGUUGUAACUGAAGUGUAGAGUGCUUAUUUUUAAAUCUUAAAAGCGUUUGAAAUGUCACGCGAAGUGAGCAUCAGAACUGUGGACACCAUACCAUACACGAAAUAAAUGUGGUUUUCUUUCAAAUAAGUGCUACAAGAAAGUUUAAAAAGUGUUGUCGCCCUGCGAGGGCAUGUGAUAGACAUGAUGGAUAGUUAUAAUAAUAACGUGAGCUCAUGAAAUUAUUUGAGAAGUUUCUGUACACGUCGUAGGACAGCGCAGUUACGCGUGUUAGGGCCUCAAACUUGCCGGCAUCAUUAUGGUGGACUGAAACAGUGGUUGUUAUACAAUUAGAACUUUAAACGUGUUGUAAACAGUGCCGCGAGGACAGCGCACACGAUGUCAGGCGGCUCCCAACACAACCCGAAUGGUCGGCAAUCACAAUUGGGCCCAGCUUGGAGCCCUUUACAGGUGGCGAACUUUUUGUCGCGGGCCCCGCAGGCCCACAUGGCGUCGGAACGCGGGGUUACGUGGCACACGCCAACGCCGCCGCCACACCUAUACCACGUGCCUGCACCUUCGCCCCCCGACCCCUUGCAGAGUAUGAAGGGCGCGGGCGGUAACUCCGUGUUCCGGCACACGGCGACGCCACCCGAGCUCUACAGGCACACCUUUUUGCCUGCCUUUGGAACUGAUAGGAACUAA